UGUUCCACCUCACGGAGGCCCGAGCACAAGCACGAGGACAGGAACAUGUGCGGGCAUGCCAUGGACUUCAGAAAUUAAGGUGAUCACGAAGGAAACCUGUUUCAGCACCAUGGUUAGUGGACGGAUUGUCCUUAUCGCUGCUGCUUCUGUCCUGUCCUUCAUUCUCACAAGCUGUGAUGACUCACUUGACAGUCGCUCUUUGGAGAGCGCCACAAAAACACAGGAGGAGAACAAUUUGAUAGAGGCACUGCAAGAGGUUCUUGAAAAGUUAAAGAAUAAACAACUGCCACAAACUGGAAAAAAGUUUAGCCUACUUCCUUCGUGUGAUGCAGGUGAGCAGUGUGCAGUGCGUAAAGGUGCAAGAGUUGGCAAGUUAUGCGGCUGUCCACAAGGAACAUCAUGCCACUUUUUUAUUUUGAAAUGCCUUUAAUAAAACAGGGUGUCUGGGAGAAAAAUGUACCAUUUUCCCUGAUGCCAUUUUGCAUUUUUAGACAUUGCAGUUUUUUUUUUUCUUCAUAUUAAUACUGUGUGAAAUGCAUGGAAAUUUAAAAUAAAG